AUGAACUGUGUUAGAAAUGAGAAAGUGAAGAAGACUAAUAGAAGCAACCUAGAUAAAGCUCUCAUACUUAAAGUAACCUUGACACGAGACACUUAUCAGAGACAUUACCUAAUUGUCAAUCAUAUUGGAGCCAUUCGUGCUGAGCAUGAUGAUUUUACAAUUCGUUUUGCUUCAGCAAUGAAUCAGCUGUUGUUGUUGAAGUCAACCGAUGGUUCCGAUGUUGAUUGGAGCAAAGAGGUCAAAGGGAACAUGUAUGAUAUGGUUGUUGAAGGUUUUCAGCUAUUAAGCAGAUGGACUGCACGCAUUUGGGAACAAUGUGCAUGGAAAUUUUCUCGACCAUGCAAGGAUGCAUCCCCAUCAUUCUCUGACUAUGAAAAGGUUGUACGAUAUAAUUACAGUGCAGAGGAAAGGAAAGCACUGGUUGAACUUGUGAGCUACAUAAAGAGUGUCGGUUCUAUGAUGCAGCGGUGUGAUACACUGGUUGCCGAUGCUUUAUGGGAAACAAUACAUGCUGAGGUCCAAGAUUUUGUUCAAAACACAUUAGCUUCUAUGUUGCGGACAACCUUCAGAAAGAAGAAGGAUCUCUCUAGGAUUCUUUCUGAUAUGAGGACCCUUUCAGCUGAUUGGAUGGCUAAUACAAACAAGUCAGAAUCUGAGCUACAGUCCUCACAGCAUGGAGGUGAAGAAAGCAAAGCAAACAUAUUUUAUCCAAGGGCAGUUGCCCCAACUACUGCUCAGGUGCACUGUUUGCAGUUCUUAAUAUAUGAGGUGGUUUCUGGUGGUAACCUUAGGAGACCCGGUGGACUUUUUGGCAACAGUGGCUCAGAAAUCCCAGUUAAUGAUUUAAAGCAGCUGGAGACAUUUUUUUACAAGCUUGGUUUUUUCCUACAUAUUUUAGACUACUCAGUGACUGUUGCUACAUUGACAGAUCUUGGUUUCUUAUGGUUUAGAGAGUUUUAUUUAGAGUCUUCACGAGUCAUUCAGUUUCCAAUCGAAUGCUCUCUUCCUUGGAUGUUGGUGGAUUGUGUACUUGAGUCGCCGAACUCUGGUCUUCUUGAGAGUGUUUUGAUACCAUUUGACAUCUAUAAUGAUUCAGCUCAGCAAGCCUUAGUGUUGCUGAAACAACGGUUUCUGUACGAUGAAAUUGAGGCUGAGGUGGAUCAUUGUUUUGACAUAUUUGUUUCUAGAUUGUGUGAAGCCAUUUUCACGUAUUACAAAAGUUGGGCAGCAAGUGAACUGCUUGAUCCUACAUUUAUCUUUGCCUCAGAUAAUGCAGAAAAGUAUGCUGUGCAGCCUAUGAGGCUCAAUAUGCUGCUAAAAAUGACUAGAGUGAAGCUACUUGGAAGGAUGAUCAACUUGCGAAGUUUGAUAUCUGAAAGGAUAAAUAAAAUUUUCCGUGAAAAUAUUGAGUUUCUGUUUGAUCGUUUUGAGUGUCAAGAUCUGUGUGCCAUAGUGGAAUUAGAGAAGUUAUUGGAUGUCUUAAAACAUUCCCAUGAACUACUGUCAAGAGAUCUUUCUGUUGACUCUUUUAGUCUUAUGUUGAAUGAGAUGCAAGAGAACAUCUCCCUUGUGUCAUUUUCUAGUCGACUGGCCUCGCAGAUUUGGUCUGAGAUGCAAAGUGAUUUUUUGCCAAGUUUCAUCCUGUGCAAUACUACUCAACGAUUUAUCAGAUCAUCAAAGACAAUUCCUGUUCAAAAGCCAUCCAUACCCUCUGCUAAGCCUAGUUUCUAUUGUGGUACUCAAGAUUUAAAUUCGGCUCAUCAAAGUUUUGCUCGACUGCAUAGCGGAUUCUUUGGAAUACCUCAUAUGUUUUCUAUUGUUCGACUUUUGGGAUCCCGAUCAUUACCUUGGCUUAUUAGAGCCCUUCUUGACCAUAUAUCAAACAAGAUUACUUUGCUUGAACCAAUGAUAACAGGAUUACAAGAAUCCAUGCCAAAAUCAAUCGGUCUUCUUCCUUUUGAUGGAGGUGUGACAGGUUGUGUAAGACUUGUUAAAGAACAUCUUAACUGGGAGGCAAAAGCAGAGCUGAAAGUUGAGGUUCUUCAUGGUAUAAAAGAGAUUGGAAGUGUAUUAUACUGGAUGGGGCUUCUAGAUAUUGUGUUGAGAGAAACAGAUACAACAAAUUUCAUGCAAACUGCUCCCUGGCUGGGCUUGCUUCCGGGACCAGAUGGACAAAUAUUACCUUCUCAAGAUGGUGGGGUUAGCCCUAUUGUCAGUCUCUUUAAAUCUACGGCUGCUGCAAUGGUUUCAUAUCCUGGUUGCCCAUCUCCUAAUUCUUUCCACAUCAUGUCAAAACAAGCAGAAGCUGCAGAUCUUUUAUAUAAAGCUAACUUGAAUACUGGAAGUGUUCUGGAGUAUGCGCUUGCUUUCACAAGUGCCGCAUUAGAUAAAUAUUGUAGUAAAUGGAGUGCUGCGCCCAAGACAGGCUUCAUUGACAUUGCAAUUUCAAAAGAUUUCUACCGAAUAUAUAGUGGUCUUCAAAUUGGAUAUUUGGAAGAGUCUGUCCAAGUACCAUCAAGUAGUCCUGAAAGGCUGGGGGAUUCAGUCGCUUGGGGAGGCUGCACCAUAAUUUAUUUGCUUGGGCAACAACUGCAUUUUGAGCUCUUUGACUUCUCGUAUCAGAUCCUCAAUAUCGCAGAAGUGGAAGCUGCAUCUGUUGUGCAAACACACAAGAACUCCCACUUUGCUGUUCAGGGAUGGGAAGCCAUAUUAGAAGCAAUGAAAAAAGCAAGACGAUUAAAUAACCAUGUAUUCUCUAUGCUUAAAGCUCGAUGCCCCCUUGAAGAAAAGACAGCAUGUGCUAUUAAGCAAAGUGGUGCUCCAUUACAUCGUAUAAGAUUUGAAAACACAGUUUCUGCGUUUGAAACUCUCCCGCAGAAAGGUGCUUAA